AUGAACAUACCGCAGCACGAAGAUGAUGAACUCAUGGGAGAAGAAAUGGGCGUUGAGGUGGUUGGAAUACCUCGACGAAAGAACAAGCGAGGGCGAAGCUUUGGCAGGAAACCAUCUCAUCCGACAGCAGCCGACACCAACGCUGCCAGUGUGAGCAACCGACCAGAUUACAUGAUGAUGCCACACCUUGAGACAAGGGAUCACGUGCUGGAAAUAUCGCUGCAGGAAAUCCCCAGUGCCCCGCCAGUCGUACCCAAAGUUCCUCGGGUGAAGCACCAAGCUGGUACAGUUCUAGAGCCGCCUGCCUCCCUAACAGGCUUUGUGCGGCCAGCUAUGAAGAGGAAGAAGUCUCGCUCGGACGAGAUAAUUCAUGUCGAUGGAGAUCCCUUUCCGCCCUGUUUUCGUGUCGUGGGAGUAUCGCCAACACCAGAAGAACAAGAACAUCAUGAGCGACGUGCUCUCGACAACAACAAAUCUCCCUCGGAACGCAGCAUCAAAAAGCUACCGAUUCCUCCUACCGGUACAUCUACAUCUACUGCUGCCAACACCUCUGCAAUGUCCACUCUGACCGAUGAACGAUCCGUAGACGACAAUUUGGUCGCCAAAGGCUCAGGCACUGGUCAAUACCUUCAGCUAGAUCUGCCUGGGAUGCAAAAACGGCAGGAAUCCGCACUAUCCACUCUGUCUUCGCACAGCGACAUGUUCCGAGACGAAGAAGCUGUGGCACCUGUGGACGCCAACAAUCAAAGCGUAGAUCCAUCCAAUGCGUCUUCUCAUUACUCAAAGACAACCACUCGCGACUAUCUGGCGAUGACACAGCAACUCGUGAAAGAGCGCAAACAGACGCAGCAAAGAGAAGCAGAAAAGCAGCGAAAGGGAGCACGAAAACUUGAUUCAGCUUCUCGUGCGAGCCAUUCUCGUUCUAGUAAACCGCCAGAGAAGGAAAUGACAACAGCUCCUUCCUGGAAAAGCCCCGGAAUGGUGUUUGCGCUUGCAGCUUUGCUGGUCGGAGUCAGUCUUACUGGUUUCAUUCUAAUCAUGACACUUGGGUCCUUCCAAAAGAAAGAGGACCAAAACUCGCAAGCUAAUGCUAUUGUCCAAGAUCCUAUUAUCGAUACAAGCGCAACAACUUCGCCAACUGAUCUUGUCGUUGGCUUGACCACAUCUGCCCCUGCCCCUACACCUCCUGUCAUCAGGCCAACUCCAGGAGUGGAAAACACUAUUGAAUCACUGCAAUUGGAAGACUUUCCAGCAUCGACUGCCCAAAUUUUGGCUGGUGGCGACCAAUCUGCACCCCAGGUGAGAGCAUACCAGUGGCUCCUUCAAGAUCCAUACCUAAGCAACUAUCCCAAAUGGCAACAGUUUCAACGAAUGGCACUGGCCACUCUGUACUAUGCGACAAGUGGAGAACAGUGGAAAGGACCUGCCGCCACAUCCUGGCUGAGUUACGAUGGCAGUGAGUGCCAAUUUUAUUCACAAGCAUGUGAUAGUCAUGGGCAUGUUCGUAGACUCUUCCUGUCAGACUCUGGGCUGGAUGGAACCCUACCCCCAGAACUGUUUUGGUUGACAUCACUGCAACAAAUUCAACUCUUUGACAACCCACAGCUACGAGGACCAAUACCCACGCUAAUUGGAAGGCUAACUGAUCUUCAGGUCUUAUGGUUGCAGCGAUGUGGGUUCUCAAGUACAUACACAAUGGAGCCAGCAAUACCAUCAGAAAUUGGGCGGCUUGGGAGCUCUUUGCUGUACAUGGAUGUAUCCCACAAUCCACUCGGACACGCAGCAGAUAGCAAUGGCAGCAGUAACAACGACCUCAAUGGGGCUACUUUGAGAGAUUAUCCUGGAUCAAGCCACUACAAUAACAAUGACAUCCCCACUGAGAUUGGUCUGCUCACCAGGCUUCAGGAGCUGAUACUGACAGGAUCAAGGCUAGUUGGGACACUUCCGUCCGAAAUUGGAAACCUUGGUCAACUUCAGUAUUCUCUCCAGGUAAGCCAGAAUGGUCUAUCUGGGACACUUCCUCUGGAGUUCUCGCGGCUUUCAUUGCUAGAGAACUUCUUUGCGGAUAACAAUCAUGUCUCGGGUCACCUCCCAGCAUUGGAAAUGAAGAGUCUGAAGAUUUUGGAUCUUUCCAACAAUCACCUGGAGGGUUCCUUACCUGCAUUUACUUUGAUGGACGGCCUUGAGGAAUUGUGGCUGUUUGACAACCUCUUAUCUGGUGCAAUUGGGGUUUUGCCUACAUCUCUAGUUUCUUUGGAUCUGUCCAUGAAUCAACUUACAAGGUUGCCUUUGGAGCUUGGCUCACUGUCCAACCUGAAUGGAUUAUGGGUCUACUCCAACUCCAUCUUUGGAACAAUUCCCGCAUCGCUUGGGCAGCUACAUGCCAAUUUAUUGCAGUUGAGCCUUUUUGGGAACCGCCUUUCUGGGACUAUUCCAACCGAGCUUGAAUCGCUGACAAGGCUUCGGGGUCUUUGGCUAGAUGACUGCAAUCUUGUGGGGACAAUACCAGAAAAUCUUUUGGCACUCACAAGCUUGGUUGCACUUCAUUUGUACGACAACAGAAGACUGCAAGGAACCAUUCCUAGAUCACCAAGUCAGACCUAUUAUGCAAUGGCGGAGCUAUUCCUUCACAACACUGCCAUCUCUGGCACUGUGCCUGCUGAGUUGGAGCGUCUCACAAAUCUUCAAAGAGUCACACUCCACAAAACCUUUUUGUCCAGCGAAGUUCCCCCCGAAGUUUGUGGACUUUUUGGGGUCAAACUGGAAAGCCUUUCAAUUGAUUGUUCUGAAGUUUUCUGUUCCUGUGGUUGCACCUGUGUAUGA